AUGCUCACUGCAGUGCGCCUGGUUCUACAUCUCCAACCAGCUAUCGAAGUCCUGGAGCAAACUAUCAAUGCGAUCUCUUGGUUCUUGGGACCUCCACAGAGCCUCCCGUUCCAUGAAGCCUGCAAGUUUGGAUCCAUUGAGCUACUUGACUGGAUGUGGAGCGCUAGCUGUACUCGCGCUGGUGACAGAACUCCUGGGUGGUUUCUGAGCAACUCGCUGCGGUCCGACCCUCAUUACCACAAGUGGCAGUUCUCGAGAUCGCUCAAAGUCGCCGCUGAUCGGGGUGAUUUGCCCAUGAUGAAGUGGCUCUUUGCGCAUUUUUCGGGUUGUGAGGCCCCGUCCAGUGUUGCUGAUGAAGCCCAAAAGAAAGGAUACCUGCUCGUGCUAUUGUUUCUGUGGAGACACAAGACUGAAGAUCAAGGCACCAAUGCCCACGCUGUCAUGCAGACGUCGUGCUCGGUUCGCUAUGGUCCUCGUGAUGUGUUUUGGACGGUCGCCACCAUUGAGAAGGCGUGCGAGAAUGGGCAACUCGCGCAGUGUCUGGAUGAAGGUAUGCAGUUUAGUGAACCAGACGCAGAAAUCGCUAUCAAGCACGCUCUACGCGUUGGAAACCUCGCGCUUGCGGAGCGACUGGUACCCGCAGGCCAAAGCAUUUUUGACUACGCAGCUGGAUGCACGCGGAUCGAAGUGAUUGAGAUGAUGGUGGAGAUUGAGUAUUUGCAACGCGACAUACGUCUCGCUGCGUCAAUGAUACCGACUGUGGCUCGCAGUGGGCGUUUGGAUCUCGUGGAGUGCAUUGUUCAAUUAGCUUGUUCUGGUUCGGAGGAAAACGAAAAUUGGGUAGCUACUUGGAUCAACGCUAUGGAAAUGGGAUGUCGACACGGACAUUUGGCGGUCUUGCAGUGGCUCGCUGGGCAUCCAUCGGGGCGUGAAGCGCUCGAACGUGCACGGAACGACGACGAUAUCAACUGCCUGCUACCUGCUGCAGCUAAAGGAGGAUACGUAGAGGUGAUGGAGUUCCUGUAUUCCCAGGGGCUGGCCAUACAGUAUUGCCGUGCUAUGAAGGCUGCUAUCAAGAAAGGUCGAGCAAGUUCGGCCAAAUGGUUGCUCGAUCACCAUUCAUUCGACGAGAGCGAGCUUCGUAAAUUAUGGGUUAAAGCGAUGUAUACGAGUGUCGGGAAGGGGUAUCUGGAGCUCCUGGAGCUUUUCAAUGAACUGGACGCGUCGACGCCUUAUGCGCAGUCGGGGGUGAAGCGAAGACGGGCUGGUCAAACAAAGUCGUGGUGGCACUACGUAAAAAAAUCCGAUGUUCAUCGCCGCCAGCGAGGGCCAUCUCAACAUCCUCGAGUGGUUUCAAGCCAACCCCGUGCAUAA